CAUGUGUCAGUAGGUAGCUCGAAUUUAAUGAUGGAACGAUUUGAAUGAACAUGAAUGAAAAUAUUCACCACAUUCUCGUUGCGUUUGCCCUCACCACUGGCAUCCAGGCAGUAUAAACAGAACGUGUUUUCUGCACGAAAACAAGCAAAACAAUCAGGAAUUUGCAAAAAUAACCGGGAUAUUAAAUCCGCAGACAUGAAAUGUGCACUUUCUUGGAAUAAAUUCGAGUGAAACCAACAGUGUUUACGUUCAUUCGAAAAUGAUCGAGUCGGCAGCCACCACGUCUGCCCCUAGCAAGGAGCUGCUCUCCAUCGAAGACCUGCCUGAUGAAGUGCUGGAAUUCGUCUUGGGAUUCUUACCACCUUACAAAGACAUUCACGAUUGUAUGCUAGUCUCAAAACGUUGGCGAAGAUGCGUUCGAAAUGUGAUAAAAAUAAAACGGAGAAAUCUUAACAAAGCUAUCAAUGAUUUUGAUAUUGUAUGGAAGACAAUUACUCCAGCUGCAAUGGCACCAACAAUCACAAAGAGAUAUUCACAUUCUGCAGCAGUACAUGAUAACUCUAUGUAUGUCUUUGGUGGAUGCACAUGUUCAAUGACUACUUUCAAUGAUUUGUGGAGAUUGGAUUUGUCUAAGAGGCUUUGGGUGAGACCACUAACAAUGGGAACUUAUCCUUCCCCAAAGGCAUGCAGCACUAUGGUGUGUUACAAGGAUUCUUUAGUUUUGUUUGGUGGCUGGACCUAUCCACCAUCUUAUCCUCUGCAUCAAAGCUGGCAUUUGUUCAAUGAGCUGCAUACAUAUGACAUCAAAGCCAAUAGAUGGACUUGCAUCAACACAGCAGUGACUCCUCCACCCACUGCAGGACACUCUGUUUCAAUCCAUGGCAAUUGGAUGGUUAUAUUUGGAGGACUGCAGCGCGCCAGCAAUGUGGUUCAUUCCACAAAAACCAAUGACAUUUGGAAGCUAAAUUUAGAGACUUGGAAUUGGUAUAAACAAGAAACCUUUGGCCAUUUAAAACCGCAAGAGCGUUAUGGCCAAUCACAAACCGUCCUGGACGAUGAGAAUGUUCUUAUCAUGGGCGGUUCCGGCGGGCCGCAAAUUUUCUUUUCUGAUAUUUGGAUCCUCAACAUGAAGGGAAAUCAUUGGAAGUGGAUCAAAGUAGAAGUACGUAAUUCACAUCACGCCCCACCAAACCUCUGGUGUAACCCAGUUUGUAAAAUCGAAGACAAACUAAUAGUUCUUAGUAAGAGUAGACAAAACCCUCAAUCGCCAUUCAUGUUCAUCUCUCGCGGAGUGUGGACUCCACCGGUUGAUCCUCGUGGAGACAACCGAGGCGAACUUCUACAAAGAAGACCCGGUCGUAUUGAUAUGGCCGAUCGCGUCGUUGACCACGAUGAGAACGUAAAUGGAAGGCGCGGGACUUUAAAGGGUGUAAAACGUAACAAUGCUGGCGAUGAAGCAGAGCGGCAAAUGCUAUUGUCAGAUCCAAAUAAGCCAGGACCAAGCGGAGCUCCAGAACCCAACGAACGAAUGGGUUUGGCCGCGUUCAACGAUCCCAAUGUAGAUGUGGAUCAAAAAAUGAACGCACGAAGGCUCCUAAGGCAAGAGAAAAUGAAACUAAGUGAAGAAAAACUGAAAGCGAAGCUGUGCAUUGCCGCAAAGCAUAAAGCAAAGGAAUUUUCCAAACCCAAAAAGAACGUUUUGGGUAUGUAUGUGUUGGAUGUCGCACACGCACUUGAUUCAGAACCAUAUGUUACAUGGAUGCCUAUAAAAGACCCAGAUCUAGAACGAGACGGACCGGAAGAGACCAUGUUAUACACGUUUGUGAGUGGUAAAUCAGAACUUAUCAUGUUCGGAGGUAUUCAUAAAGACGACGGAUCUCUUAUUGCGUGUACAACUAAUCUGAGCCAACAAGUAUCGAACUCUUUGCAUUUUAUCACUGCACCACGAUAUGUCAUCUAGAUGAUAAUCUUCAUUAAAAAUAAUAGUGUACAAAAGCCAGCAGUGAAAUUAUUGAGAUUCACUUACAAAUUUCAACACUUUUACAGAAAAAAAAUGUUUAUUUAAAAUUUAUUUUUAUAAAUCGUCGUCAUCACUA